UCUUCUCUUUCUUUCCUUCUCUCUAACAUCGCAGUGAGCGCCUUCCUCUCUCUCUCUCUCUCUCUCUGAUAGUGUGAUGUUAAUGGGGUCCAUUGUUCCCCAACAACAGGGGAAGGACCUGGUUCUCGUAGGUCCCUGGUCCUCCUGUUUCUCUCUCUAAAAGUUUCAGUAGGUCAAAACUUGGUUUUGCAGCUCUCUCUCUCUCUUUCUCUCUCUAUAUAUAAAAAUGUGUACGAAAUGUGGAUUAUGCACGCAUCACCCGCAUAUACUUUGUCAUGUGCACAAGUAAAGCACCCAGUCUUUUUUAAUGGCUUCAACACCCAUCAUUGGAGAUGCCUAUAUGAUUGAGUGAAUUAAGUUAAAUCCUUCAUCGUUUAUGCUUCUCAGUUUCUAUCUCUCUCUUCCUCUGCAAAUCCGUCGACUCUAAUGGCAUUCAAUAUGACAAGUUAUAAGUUCUGCUGUUUUUUCAGAUUGAGGUUCAAGUCUGUUGUUACAGGCCCACCUUCGGAUGUCGAGGAAUUUUUUGAUAGAUACUCCCAUGAUGGCUUUAUGAGCAUUGAUCAACUGCAGGAAUUUCUUGUUGAGGUCCAGAAAGAAGAGGGUUUGACUACUGCGAAAGUGGAGGACCUUGUGACUCGGCAUCUCGGGGGGAUCAGGAUUUUGAACAAAAUCAAGCAAGAAGGCCUCACUCUUGAUACCUUUUUUCAGUUUCUCUCUGCUGGGGAUAAUUCUCCCCUCCGACAAGAGGUUCAUCAGGACAUGUCUGCUCCACUGUCACACUAUUAUAUCUAUACCGGUCACAAUUCUUAUUUGAAAGGAAAUCAGCUGAACAGUAACAGCAGUGAGAUACCAAUUAUAAAAGCUCUCAAAAGAGGCGUCAGAGUUAUUGAAUUGGAUCUCUGGCCACACAGCAGAAAAGACAAAGUUAUUGUUAAACAUGGAGGGACAAUGACCCGUCCAGUAGGACUCGCCAAAUGUUUGUUUUCCAUUAAGGAAUAUGCUUUUUCAGCAUCUAAUUAUCCUGUCAUAAUAACCCUAGAAGACCAUCUUACUCCAAAACUUCGGUCUAAAGUAGCUCAGAUGGUCUACUGGAUUUUUGGACGCAUGUUGUUUUACCCUAUGUCGGGUAAACUAGAAGAAUAUCCUUCACCUAAAGACUUGAUGAAUCGCAUAUUACUAUCAACUAAACCACCAAAAGAGUACUUAGAGACAGAGAUUCAAGCAAAAGUAAGACAGAAUGAGAAGCAGGAUGCAUGGGGGAAUGAGAUUUCAAAUAUUAAAGCAGGACAUAAAACUGAUACUGAGGUGCACCAACAUAAUGUACUAGAACCGAGUCACCCACCUCCAAGUGAUAGUUAUAAUAGUGAGGAUGAAGAUGCUAGGGUUGAUGAUGAUGGUAUAGUACAAGAGAAGAUGGGGGAAGAUGCAGUGCCUGAGUUUGGAAAACUAAUAACAAUCAGGGCCGGGAAACCAAAAGAAGACCUGAAAUAUGCUUUAGAGUUGGAAGAAAAACAUGCUAGACGUGUCAGUUUAAGUGAACCACAGCUUGAGGACAUUGCUGAGUCUCACCCAGCUGUUGUUGUCAGUUUCACCAAGAGGAAUAUUUUGAGAAUAUACCCAAAGGGAUUACGAGUUGACUCCUCAAACUUCAACCCUUUAAUUGGAUGGAACCUUGGAGCUCAGAUGGUUGCAUUUAAUAUGCAGGGAUAUGGGAGAUCCCUAUGGUUGAUGCAAGGAUUUUUCAGAGCCAAUGGAGGAUGUGGAUAUGUGAAGAAACCUGAUUUUCUUUUGAAUGAUAGUGCUGGAGAUAAGGUUUUUAACACCAGUCAAGAGCAGCAAGUGAAGAAAACCUUGAAGAUGAAAGUAUAUAUGGGAGAUGGAUGGCGCUUCGAGUUCCGUAAAACACAUUUUGAUAUCUGCUCUCCUCCUGACUUCAGUGUAAAGGUGGCUGUUAAAGGAGUACAAGCUGAUUCGACAAGCUCGCAAAGUACAGAGACAAUCAAUGAUUGCUGGACACCAGCUUGGAAUAAAGAGUUCACAUUCCCCUUGACUGUUCCUGAGGUGGCUUUGCUUCGAAUUGAGGUGCAUGAGUCUGAUACUUUACAAAAAGAUGACUUUGCAGGCCAGACUUGCUUGCCUGUAUGGGAGCUGAAAUCGGGUAUCAGAGCAGUACCUUUGUAUGACAAAAGAGGAGAUCCGUACAGGCAUGUGAAGCUUCUUGUGAUGUUUCAAUUUGAGUGAGGGUUUAUAGCUUGCAAUUGUUUCCUAAUUAUCAAAGAGAAGAAACACUUUCAUGGAUUCGUUUUGUGUGGUCUCCGAUUGUGUUAUAUGAUUUGCAUUGUGAAAUAGUUGUUGACUGUGACACCACAUUGUUGAUAUGAUUGAAUUUCAUUGCAAGGCCAUAUUGUUUGUAUUUUUGUUUAAUGAAUGGGCAUCAAGUAGAUCUUGUUGUGCACAAACUCUGCAUGUGAUUAUUCUUAAUUCCAUCGGUGAUUUCUG